AUGGAGCUGUGUCGUAUCGUAGUCUUGUCUUCAGUCUUAGCAUCUUGUCAGUCAGUAUCAGAUUUCAGUCAGGAUUUGAAGGAGCCCAGUGUUUCUUUUUACUUAGUUACCAGAAAAGGACAAGAAGUAGUCCUCUCCAGGGUCUUUUCCUAUUCAGACCUUACUUCUAGAGGCUAUCCAGAAAAAUUGUACGUUCUGUUCCACGGUUAUGGAGGAUCUGCCAACACAAGUUCCAUCCUGUUACUGGCCAACGCCCUACUGGACCAUGGAGAAGAAAGCAUCUUGACAGUGGACUAUGAAGCUGCUGUAGCCGUGCCAUACGAGAAAGCAGUCAACCGCUCACUGGCCAUCGGUGAGAAAGUUGCAGAGCUCUUAUCGAUCUCAUCUUUCCCGCUGAGGUUCAUUGGAAACAGUCUUGGAGCACACAUCGCGGGUAUAACAGGCCACAUCCUCAAGGAGAAGAACGAUAUCCUUGUGGACAGCAUAAUUGGACUCGAUCCUGCUUUUCCGAUAUUCGGUGAUAUGGAACUCCCAAAGAGAUUGGAUCCUGAAGAUGCCAAGUUUGUCGUAGCUAUCCAUACUACUGGGGGUGAACUUGGUUUCUUAGAACCUGUUGGUCAUGCAGACUUCUAUCCAAACGGUGGUCUCAACCCACAACCUCAAUGUGUUUCUCGCCGCAAGGUUUGGAUUGACAUCCUUGUUGAGAUUGUAUGCAGUCACAAUGCGGCACUUGAAUAUCUUACUGAAAGUAUUGGAGGAGGGUUUCCAGCUACGAAAUGUUCAAGCUGGGAUGACUACAAGUACGACCUUUGCGCUAAUUGGCAGACAGUACGUUUGGGUUUCGAUCUACCGUCAGAUGUUCGUGGAAUGUUCUUUCUAAGGACUCGAAGCGGUCCUCCUUUUGGGGAACCUCUGUACUGCAGCUCAGACAUGAAGGGAUUGGAAGCAGCAAGUUGUUCAACCUCGGAUAAGGAAGUUCCCAAAGACAGUCCUGGGAAGCUGUUACUGAUACUUGUAUCACAAUGUAUUUCUGUCUGGUUAAUAUAUAGAUUUUACCCAUAUGAAUAA